AUGGCAGCCAUGGCGGUUCUGUCACCAUGGCGCCAUGCGUCGCUGUCCACAGUGGCUCUCCUACUCUCCUCAGUCGCCCUCGCUGUCUCCCUCCGAGUCCCCAAUCCUGCAGCAGAUUCCUCCCUCUAUGUAGUACAAUUGCGUUCCGCGCCGGCCGUUGCCGUGUAUAAUGGCGGCUUUCCCGGGUUUCCCGGCACCGCCGCCGUUCGAAACCCCGCAUCCCAAAUCGCGAAUGCCGCCGGCCGCCUGUUUUCGCGGCGGCCGCGGGUGAACCUGAAGAUGCCGCACGUGCGCGCGUUUGCGGAGAUGCUGAAACGGCAACAGCGGCGAGUGGCGCGGGAUAUGGGGAUCGGCGCGAGUCGCCUCUUGUACAGCUACACGCACGUGGCGAACGGGUUCGCGGCGGAGCUGACGGCGGGGGAGGCGCGGCGGAUGCGGCGACACCCCGCCGUGGGCAGCGUGACGCGCAGCGGGCGCUUCCGCCUGCUCACGACCGCGUCGCCCGCGUUCCUGCAGCUGCCGCCGUCGCUGUGGGCGGCGGCGGGCGGGCAGAGCAGCGCGGGCGAGGACGUGGUGGUGGGCGUCGUGGACACCGGCAUCUGGCCCGAACACAAGUCCUUCGCUAACGACUCUUCCUCCGCGUCUUUCCUCUACGACAGUGCGCCGGCGGGGUGGCAGGGGUCGUGUCGGAAGAGCACGGACUUCCCCGCGUCCGCGUGCAACGGCAAGAUCGUGGGCGCGCAAGUGUUCUAUUCGGGCUUCAAGCGCGACUCGCGCGACCGCAUGGACUUCACCAAGGACUGGCUCUCGCCGCGCGACGCCGACGGCCACGGCACGUGGUGCUCGGGCGCGGCAACGGGGAACGGCAACGUGCAGACGCAGACGCUGGGCCCGAUCAGCGGCAUGGCGCCGCGCGCGCGCUUGGCAGUGUACAAGGUGUUUUGGAAGCAGCGCGGCGGGUACAUGUACGCCACGUACGCGGACAUCUUUGCCGCCGUCAACCGCGCCGUGGCGGACGGCGUGGACGUGCUGAGCCUGUCGCUGGGCGGGUCCGACAGCUCCGCAACCUACUUUGACGACUCCACCUUCAUCAACGUCCAUGCGGCGGGUGUAGUGGUGGCUUUUGCGGCGGGCAACGCAGGUAGCCCGUGGCGAGUGGGCAUGGGUUACCGUACUCUGGAUAACUUUUCCCCGUGGUACAUCACGGUUGGCGCCAGCACGAUCAGCCGAUUCUCAACCAUGACACCAGCAUCAUCAACAUCAUCGCCUGUCAAACCGACCGAAACAGCAACAUCGCCCAACGAAGCACCAAUAGUGGCGGGCUUCUCAUCCACGGGCCCUCUUGUCGCUCCACUGUACAACCCUGACUCACCCAAGCCCACCAACGAUAUCCUCAAGCCCGACAUCAUCGCGCCGGGCGUGUCCCUCUGGGCGGCUACUGCUGGGUCGUCUUUGACUGACACCACAAGUCGGUACGCACGGCUUUCGGGAACCUCUAUGGCAACUCCUCACAUCGCCGGGAUUGCUGCGCUGCUCGUGCAGCGAAACCCCAAGUGGACUCCCGCCCAGAUUAUUUCCGCAAUGAUGACGACUGCUACAGUGCGGAACAACAAGGGCUCGCUGAUACGGAACUCAAACGGGGACAUCGCAACACCCUGGGAGACGGGCGCGGGGCAUGUGAAUCCCAUGAAGCUUCUGGAUCCUGGGCUGACGUAUGACGCCAACGAGACGGAUUUCCGGAACUUUCUUGCUGGACAGGCUCUGACCCGAGCGAAGAGAUUGUUCAAAGGAAUCACGUUGCAGUCCAUCAAGGCUUAUAACCUCAAUAGGCCUUCGAUCGCUGUUGGACGGCUAGCUGGUACAGUAACCGUCCAGCGGCGUGUUACAAAUGUUGCUGAUGCAGCGUCGACAUACACAGCAGUUGUUGCGGGUAUGGACGGGGUCUCGGUCACCACUGGUUGUGCAGCCAAUAAAGAGAUAAGUGCUGUGGUGGAGGGACUGGCUGAAGGCGGAGUGGGGUGA